GCGCGGGGCGGGGCGGGGCGGGCGAGCGGCGGCGGCAGGGCCGGGCCGGGCCCGCGCAUCGCCUCAGAGCCGGCGCCAUGGACAGCAGCGGCAAGGAGCGCGAGGCCGUGCAGCUCAUGGCCGAGGCCGAGAAGCGGGUCAAGUCCUCGCACUCCUUCCUCAGGGGGCUCUUCGGAGGAAAUUCAAAGGUAGAAGAAGCCUGUGAAAUGUACACCAGGGCUGCAAACUUGUUCAAGAUUGCCAAAAACUGGAAUGCUGCAGGAAAUGCAUUUUGUCAGGCAGCCAAGCUCCAUAUGCAACUACAGAGUAAACAUGAUGCAGCCAUCGGUUUUGUGGAUGCUGGGAAUGCUUACAAAAAGGCAGAUCCACAAGAGGCUAUGAACUGCUUAAAUGCAGCCAUCGAUAUUUACACAGACCUGGGCCGAUUUACUAUUGCUGCCAAGCAUCACAUCACCAUUGCAGAGAUUUAUGAGACGGAGCUGGUAGAUAUUGAAAAGGCAAUUGCACAUUAUGAACAAGCUGCAGAUUACUACAAAGGAGAAGAAUCCAACAGUUCUGCUAACAGGUGUCUGCUGAAGGUGGCUGCAUAUGCUGCCCAGUUAGAGCAGUACCAGAAGGCGAUUGAAAUCUACGAGCAGGUUGGAACAAAUACUAUGGAUAAUCCGUUGCUCAAGUACAGUGCAAAAGAGUAUUUCUUUAAAGCUGCUCUCUGCCACUUCAUUGUGGAUGAGUUGAAUGCUAAGCUCGCUCUUGAGAAGUAUGAAGAAAUGUUCCCAGCAUUCACAGAUUCGAGAGAGUGUAAGCUAGUGAAAAAACUGCUGGAAGCUCAUGAGGACCAAAACUGUGAAGCGUACACUGAGGCAGUUAAGGAAUUUGAUUCCAUAUCUCGCUUGGAUCAGUGGCUUACGACUAUGUUGCUUCGCAUCAAAAAGUCACUUCAAGGAGAUGGUGAUGGAGACCUAAAGUGAAUUAUUUGUGGUAUAUGUAGCAUGUUGCCUAACUCCUAAAUAAUCUGUUUUUGUGUAAUGGCCAUGGACCAUUAUGGGAUACUUGACACUACACCUAGCUUAAUUUUGUUGUUUAUGAACCAAAUUACCUGUAUUGUUAGUAUCCUGGUGUCUUUUUGAUGACAUGGAUGGAUAAGAAAUGAUACUCCUAGGUGUUGCUGACAGAUCUUCCAUAUGUGAGAGCAAUAGAGGGAUUCACAAGACUUUUGAGAUCAGUGAAAGAAAUGCUUGUGGCAAAAAUCUUUAUUUUUAGUAGCUGAUGAGCCAAAAGUCUUUCAUUUUUAACUUAUUUUUGCCGCCAUUUCUCUACUAGCUUAUCGUCUUCAACACUUUUGAUCCAUGCUUGUAAAUAUCCAUGACAUACAGUACACACAAUAUUUUCUGAUCUAAUGCUAAUAUAUUGCUAAAGUUCUGUGUUUUUAAUGGACCUUAGUCAGAUAUUAGAUUUUUGUUUUUAAAAUGAUAGAGCUAUUUUAAUGAUGCUAGUGAAAUGCUUGUGAUUUUUAUAUACAGUAUGCAUGUGUGUAUGUGUAUAUACUAUACAGAUACAUGUGUGCAUGAAUAAAUACAUAAUGACCUGGGUCUAAAAACAUUCAUCUUCAUAGGUGAGGGGUCUGCGUAUAAUAUAUUAAAUCAAUUACCUUCUCCCCAAAACAUUCAUUAAGUAGGACCUAGCUUAUCAUGUAUUUUCUAUUUAAGGACUAUAUAUGAAAUGUAAGUUUCUUCUAUUUUUUUUGUUAGAUAUAUUUUUCCACUUAUGUUAUUUUUUGGUGCAUACCAUCUCUCCUGCCCUAAGAUGACUUUAACAGGUAAUAAUAUAUUUUUCUAACUUUUCAUUUACCUAAGUUCCUGCUAUUGUCUUUGCUGCAGGUUUUUUGUAUGUGCCAGAACGCUAUUUCCUUCCCUUUGUGCUGUUGGCAAAGCUGUGUCAAAGGUAUGCUGCCUAGUUAUUGUAUUAGGCUUGAUCUUAGCUAAGAUACCCUCCUUCAGCACUGUUGGACAACAGCUUGCCCAGGCUUGUUUUAAAACUGUGUAGAAAUU